AUGCAGGCUUUGGCUGUGUCUGCUCCACAGGAUCUGAUUAAAGUGUUGACAAAUGAAGCCAACGAAAAUUAUCUUGGCUCGGUCACUCUAUUAAAACAAUUGACGGUUGCUGUUGUAAGUACAGUUGUAUAUUAUAAGGAUGCUUUUCCGGAGGACAGCUAUAAUAUAGAAAAGUUUAGAGAACUUAAAUUACGAAUAUUGAAGAUGAAAUGUCGAGAUGAAUCUGCUCAAUUCCUGAGCACAGCGUUAAUAAAUGCUUUCGACGCAUUUGAUAAGAAAUAUCUACAACGCCUAGCGUUGUGUUUCUACGAUGACGAAUGUAGGCCGGAGAAUUUGGUGGACUAUCACAUAUUUGAGUACACGUACCACGAGGCGGGUGCGAGCUUGCGCGUGCAGUCGGGGCGCGGUAGCAAGCGCGGCCUCGACGACUGCACUUACGCCAUGCUGCAGAGCUGCAUCGUCUACAACAAUGGCUACCAGAAAAAGUUGCCAACAUCUUUCGAUAUAAGCUUGAGACUUUAUUACAACGAAGCGGCACCGGAAGACUACCAAGCGCCAGGUUUCCAUUGCGGUAACGAGUUCGAGGAUCAUUUGUCGCAACUGGACAUGUCGACUUACUUGUUAGGGCAGGUCGACACGCCUUACCAUGGCUUACGCGUCACCUCUUUCUUCAAGGAGGACCUGGGAUCCAGUAACGAGGCUAUCGCCUCGCAAAAUCCCCCAUUGAUGACACAAACUCAAGAUAUUUCCGCGUCUUCGUCUCCAGUGGGUUGUGCAGGGUUGAAGGGUGUGCUGGUCUGCCCCUGCGGCCUCGACAGUGACGAUCUGACGCGUGACGUCACCUCCCUCAUCACUUGCGAUUACUGCAAGACGCAGCAGCACGCGGUAUGCUUUGGUCUAUUGAGGGGUGGGAGCGGGGGCGGGCACUGCUGUGCGACAUGCGCAGACGCAGACCCAUCUCGUCGUCCCACCUGCCCCCGUCUGGCCACACUGCACGACAAGAGAGAGGUACCACCACUUACAACUUACAUUAUCUUAUACACAUUGACUACAAUUACAUAUGAAUUAAGUAAUUGUGGAACCCCUCUUCGGGUUAAGACCUCCUCCAAAGACGCCCAUUUCUCUCUAUCCUGCGCCACCUGUGCCCAGGAACUUAUCCAGAAGUGCAGAAUGCGCCUGGUGCUGGCGUGGUGCAGUGCGCGCGGCGCUGUGAGCCUGGCGCCGCUGUGUGCUCUGGGCCUGGCGCAGCGCCAUGUGCUCCGUAUGCUGCACUAUCUGCGCACCAAGCAUGUGCUCGCACACGACGACUGGAACGUACCGCAAAAAGUGAACGAGCCGCGGCUGCGGGAGUUGAUGGCGUCGUUCUUCUCCGACCUGAAGUCGGACGUCGUGGAGCGGCUGCUGGAGGAGACGUUCGCAUCUCAGGAGAGCCGCCCGGACUCCGCGCCGGACGUACUCAGCCCUUCACAGAUGGCGAGUCUUCGCGAGGCUACAGGCGUCAGUCGCGUGGUCAAGUCGCAGCCGUCGACCGCCGCCAGCGAGCUGCUGCAGCAAUACCGGGAGGCUUUGACCCCCACCCUGGGGGAUGAUCCCCUCGCAGACACGCUGGCCGACAUGGGCCUCGGCAGCAACAAGCGGAAACUGGAACCAGACACCACCACUCUCCGGUCCAUGGUCAAAUCUAAAAGAUCUCGGAGGACGUUUGAGUAA